CAGUCCUGGAGUUUCUCAUUGCCCCUGUUGAAUCCAUACAUUGGCUCACGGCAUUUGGCCGCACCGGGAGGGGCCACAGAAUUGCGCUCGACCGCCUUUGCCCUCGUGUGGCUGGCAUCGUCGCGCAGGCGCAGAACACGACGGCACCGGUUUCGCUCCCACUGGAUGAGUUCGCAGCGUUGGUCGAGCGGAUGCGCGAGGAAGCGCCCAAGGAGGCGGUGGAAUCCAUGGAAAUGGCUUUGGCCAGGCUCCGCAAACAACAGAUCGAGCGUGCUGCUCUGAUGAAGCGCAGCUGGAGCGACACGGCCUUUGAAGAAGGAGAGGCGGGGAACGAUCGGAUUUUGGAGCAGUUCGAGCGCGAGUUGGUCUCCAUCCUCCAGCGUUCCAGCCGGGGUCUGGCAGACGCAGAGGUCUUGGGCAAUGCGAUUGACCUCGCUGGAGCGUGA